AUGCCCCUCACCCAGAUGAAGAAGCUGAUAAUUGAUGAAGUAAAGCCAACGAGGAUGAAUGUUCAACUGGUCGAUCGCUCAACAAAACAAGCACAUGGUAUUGUGGAAGAUGUGUUCAUCAAGGUAAAUAAAUUUCUAAUUCCUGUUGAUUUUGUUAUUCUUGACAUUGAUGAAGAUGCCAGUGUACCUAUGAUUUUUGAGUGGCCAUUCUUAACAACCCCAAGAGCGCUAAUCGAUGUACCUAAGGGUGAAUUGAUAAUGCGCGUGGAUGGAGAGCAAGCAACAUUCACGGUACUUACAAAUGAAGCUCCAUUGCCUACAUCUCAACCUAAAGAUCAAGUUAACUACAUUGUAGAGAAAAAAGUUGAGGAAGGGAACAAGAAGGAAGUCCAUCAGCGGCAUGAAGAAAGCAAGCCAAAGGUUAAGAUGGAAAAGCCCAAGAAAGUUCUGGAGCAAAUGCCUCCGUAUGCAAAGUUCCUGAAGGAGACAUUAUCUAAGAAGCUUUCAGAGGAUGAACCUGUUACACUAACAGAGGAGUGCAAUGCAAUCAUACAGAAAAACUUGCCUCCAAAGUUGAAAGAUCCAAGGAGCUUCAGUAUUCCACGCGGUAAGACGACUAUAGAGAAAGUCUUAUGCGAUGUUGGUGCCAGCAUAAAUGUGAUGCCCCUCACCCUGAUGAACAAGCUAGGAAUUGAUGAAGUAAAGCUGUAA